CGUCACAACCCGGGCUCCUGCCCCGCCCGUCCCGCCUGCCCGCUGGUCGGUCUCCGCGGCGGCGGCGGCGGCGGCGGCGGCGGCGGCGGCGGCGGCGGCGGCGGCUGCCCAGUGACAGCGGCGGCGGCACCAGGCCGGCCGUAGUAGCUUAGGGUCGUGCGGCCCGGAAACGCACACCCGGCGGAAGGGCGGCGCGGCACGAGGAAGGCCAGAGCCGGGUCGCGCGGGAGGAGACCUCGCGGGCGCCGCGCGAAAGGCCGGCGUGAGGGAGCGCGGAGGCAGUGGCCGCCGGCGGCCGGGACCCGCCUGUCCUCGCGGCUGUCGCCGGCAUGAGCCACAUCCAGAUCCCGCCGGGGCUCACGGAGCUGCUGCAGGGCUACACGGUUGAGGUGCUGCGGCAGCAGCCGCCCGACCUGGUCGACUUCGCGGUGGACUACUUCACCCGCCUGCGCGAGGCCCGCCUGCAAGCCUCCAGCCCGCCCGCCGCCCCUCCUUCCGGCUCCCAGGGGCUGGAGCCCAGCCCUGGCCUGGUCGCCGACGCCAAGGCGGACAGCGAGUCGGAGGACGACGAGGACCUGGAUGUUCCAAUUCCUAGCAGAUUUGAUCGGCGAGUAUCAGUCUGUGCUGAGACCUAUAACCCUGAUGAGGAAGAGGAAGAUACUGAUCCAAGGGUGAUUCAUCCUAAAACUGAUCAACAGAGAUGCAGACUUCAGGAGGCUUGCAAAGAUAUUCUCCUUUUCAAAAAUCUUGAUCAGGAACAACUUUCUCAAGUCCUUGAUGCCAUGUUUGAAAGAACAGUCAAAGUUGAUGAGCAUGUCAUUGACCAAGGAGAUGAUGGAGACAACUUUUAUGUCAUUGAACGGGGAACCUAUGAUAUUUUAGUAACAAAAGAUAAUCAAACUCGCUCUGUUGGUCAGUAUGACAACCGUGGCAGUUUUGGAGAACUUGCUCUGAUGUACAACACCCCAAGAGCUGCUACCAUUGUCGCCACUUCAGAAGGCUCCCUUUGGGGACUGGACCGUGUGACUUUUAGAAGAAUCAUAGUGAAAAACAAUGCAAAAAAGAGGAGGAUGUUUGAAUCAUUUAUUGAAUCUGUGCCCCUCCUUAAAUCACUAGAGGUGUCAGAACGAAUGAAGAUUGUGGAUGUAAUAGGAGAGAAGGUCUAUAAGGAUGGAGAGCGCAUAAUCACACAGGGUGAAAAGGCUGAUAGCUUCUACAUUAUAGAGUCUGGUGAGGUGAGCAUCCUGAUCAGAAGCAAGACUAAAGCAAACAAGGAUGGUGGGAACCAGGAGGUUGAGAUUGCCCGUUGCCAUAAAGGGCAGUACUUUGGAGAGCUUGCACUGGUCACCAACAAACCCAGAGCUGCUUCAGCUUAUGCAGUGGGAGAUGUCAAAUGCUUAGUUAUGGAUGUACAAGCAUUUGAGAGGCUUCUGGGGCCCUGCAUGGACAUCAUGAAGAGGAACAUCUCCCACUACGAGGAACAGCUAGUGAAGAUGUUUGGCUCCAGCAUGGAUCUGAUUGAUCCUGGGCAGUAGGUGUGCCACACCCCAGAGCCUUCUCAGUGUGACACCAAAACCUUCCGGUCAGCCACAGAACACACACAGAAGACAGACACGACAGAACUGUUCCUGCUGUUGCCGCUGCCACUGCUACGGCCGUGGGCAUUUAGAAAACUUGAAAGUCAGCACUAAAAGAUGGGCAGAGGUUCAACCCACACCUCCUCCACUUUGCUUCUGAAAGCCCAUUAUUAGACCACUUGUAAUGAUUAUUCCAACCCAGUUGUCACAUCUUUGGUUCAAAAUGGCAUGUCUCUCCAACAAUUUAAGUGCCUGAUACAAAGUCCAAAGUGUAAUCAUCUUCCUCUCCUCUCUGGCUGCUACUGUUGCUGUUGGAAAUCACCACAGGUCUGCACAAACCUGUGUAUAACUGUAGACACCCACCCCUGACCUUUCUCAAGGGAGGAAAUAUUGUAGCCCUUGAUCUUCUCAUUCGUUUGUCCUUUGAGAAAAUCCACAUUUGUUCACAAUUGUAGCCUUUGGUUUUACAGUAGAUGGCGGCAGGUAGACUGGAGGUCUGUGGUCCUGUGGCAUUGUCCUGUCCACUGCCAGCUGCACCUAUGACAGCUGUCUCCAAACUCACAGUGAUGCUUAGUGAAAGGCUUUGCCUAGGAUCCAGCUGGUCAGCACCCCAGCACACACUGAUUGGUCAUGAGGACCCUGGUUAGAGCAGAAAAUUUGGGUUCAGCACAUUCUACAGGUAGCAGAGCGCCAGGGAAGGUUUUCUGGGUUGGGGGUUUUGGUUUGUGUUGUUUAGUUUUAGAUUUUGUUUUGUUUUACUUAAUCUCUGUGCAGUUUGCAUGAAUGAAUUACUGUCCAUUUCUAAGGAGCCAGGGUCUGAAGGUGCCAUCACUUUAUCUGACCCAAAUACUUCCCUGGACAACUCCUGCCAUCUCGUUUCCAGUUGCCCUUACCAGCUGAUAAUGGCAGUGUGCCAGGCAAGAGGUUGUACUAAGAAGAGAACCCUUUCCUUUUACUCCAGUGUUGUUACAUAGCUUUGCUGUUGAACUAUCAAUUUUUAAACUCUUUAAAGAAGAUGCAGCUAUUUUUUUGGAAAUUAAAAAAAAAUUAUUUCUGUAUUUUGGGAAUUCCCAUUGGACCUGUUCAUGUAUGUCAGUUUGUCAACUGACUCAGGCAUUCAUCCUGAAGAUCAGCUCUUUGUUUUUAAAAAUCAGAAUCAUUCACAAUGUCAUAGAAUUACUGCAAAGACCUUUCUAAUUAAGGUGUUGUGAUAUUUGGGGUUCUAACUAUUAGCCCCAAAGGAAAGUAACCUAGCUUGUAUUUUAAAACUUUUUAACCUUUUAAUAAUAUCAGGUAGAAAUUCUGAUGAAUUAUCCUAAUUAACUAGAUAUAUUUCAGAAUGAAUUUUUUCUUCAGAAUGACUUAGAAUCAGAUACUACAAGAGAUCCUAAGAGCAGUGUGAAGUUUGCAUAGAGAUGAAUUUGAAUAUUGUAGCCAAGUUUAUAUUCAAUCAAGAGGCCCUUUCCAAUAUGAUUUUUACUUCUUAUGUGAUUCAAUAAAUCCCUAAGAGAUUACAUGCUGAGGUUUGAGUCAUUCCUGUUGUAGGAUAAUGAUGGAGCCCACAUGUCCCUUCCGUUGUCCACAGAAGCCAGGUUUUCUGCUUUUAGCAUGGACAAUGUGGUGGAGAGAUUUCCAGAGUGGUGACUCAACCACAACCUUGGUCAAGUCUCCCUUUUUCUUGUGUUCUGUGAAGCGAAAGCAGAAGGACUCUUUUCAGACUGCCCUAGCUAGGUAGCCUGCAUUGCAACUCUCAGAAUCGUGAAAGGUUAUAACUAAUACCCCAAAACAGGCAGCUAGCACUGGGAAAGCCCAUGUGGCUUUUUCCCAUGAUUUUCCAAGGUUGUUCUUCUCUAAGGUGUUGCUUUAUUAGCAUCAAAUAAAUUAAGAAAGCAGAUCUUGUACUUUAGCAGAUAAGAAUCACACCGUUUCUUCCAGAAGCAGCAGGUACAUUGAGCUUUAGGAGUGUCACAGAGGCCUAACCUCAGACUAUGUGUGGACUCUGUUUAAACACUGAGCAGAUGCCCCCUUUGUACCUCCGUGCCAGCAUUUGUCAGGGCUGGCUGUGAGCUUAGUGCCAGAGUCACUCCUGCAGGCUGCUAGGCAUGGGCCUUCUCAUCCUGCCUUCUUACACAUCCCAGUUCACUCUUCCCCUUCACAGAAGCCUCUGAUGCCCCCAACUCACUGAUAGUUACUGUUUUACAGAGUAGAAUUCAUCUAGAUUUGAGUCCUCCUGCUCUAAAUACAGACUGACAUAUGGAUCAUGAGUCCAGAUCCUCACUGCAUUCAGGGUCCUUUGGGGGUCCGGCUUGAGGAAGGAAGACUUUAAAGGGACCAGUGUGAGUGAAAUAGGACAAAGCCAUUAGCAAGGUGCCAGAAGUCUGCCAGAGUUUCAGUUCUUUUUGCAGCAUGAGGACUCAAAGGUAGCAGGCCCAGUUUGAUCGAGGACUCUAGUGUCCACAUUAUACCAGGCAAGCCCUGCACCAAUUGGUUGGCCUUCAAAGGGAAGAGCGUGUUUGGACAGGGAUCCCUUUGUUAAUUGUUUUAUAUUGUUCUCUUCCAUGGGUUAGAGCUUCAUGGCUUCUUCAUGGCCUCUUUCCUGGCUCUGCUAUUGAUUUGGGAUGGUAGAGAAUAUUCCUGAGAGCCUCGAGGUUCAACCUACAGUAUUUUCCUUCCCUCUAGCCCCAGUUUAUCACACCCACUCUCUUCUUUUGGUUGUAGUCUCUGAAGGAAGGGUUCAUGUGCCCUGUCCUCUUAGUAGAUAGACUAACAUAGAAUUGCUAUAGAUUCUCAGAAGUCAGAGCGCAGCUUUUCUUUGAGCAGUUUAAUGAAUGAAUUCAGCAGCAAAGUGGCAAGAAAUGGUUCUCCAGCCAGGAGAAGUCAUGUUUCAUCCUCUUAAUGCCCAGAUUCUAUGCUCACAAUGGUAGUCAAUGAGAGGUGCCACUGGUGCCCAGCAACACCCUGGGCACACAGCAUCUCCAUGUGAAGUCGCAGUGUAGAAACAAUCUUCUCUCAUUUAGACAAAGUGAAAGAGCAUUUUUGCACAGAGAAAAAGGAAAAAGACCCAUGAAUGUCAUCUUUUAUCUUUUGUUUUCAGUUGGCUGAUGUUUGGAAUUUUUGUUCUUGACAUACACUUGUAAACCAGUCUUGCCAAGAUAAAAGUUGUUUUGGUUUUUCACUACAAUUACUUCUUGUUCCUCCUGUCUUGACUGCUGACGUUCCUCAAUGAUUCUAAUGUCUAUUUUAUGGGAAGCAGCCUUCCCUGUGGGUUUCCUUUUACAUACUGCAGGGCUAUCUUUAUAAAAAAAAAAAAAAAAGAAAGAAAGGAAAGAAAGAAAGAAAGAAAGAAAGAAAGAAAGAAAGAAAGAAAGAAGAAAGAAAAGAAAGAAAGAAAAGAAAGGAAAGAAAGAAAGAAAGAAAGAAAGAAGAAAGAAAGAAAGAAAGAAAAGAAAGAAAGAAAAGAAAAGAAAAAAAAAGGAGAAAACUGUCACUAACCUCAUGGGGGAUUUGCAGAAAACCAUUUAGCCCACCUUAAGCAAAAGGUAGAUUUCCUCAUUGUUUUCAUAAGCUCAUUGUAAUAAAAGAAAUCUAAUUCAGCAUUAUUGUGCUACCUCAAAGGUAAAAUGUUUUAAGGUAUUUUUUUGGUCCUGAGUUCACAUAGUGUUUGAAAUGUCUUUCAAUUGGAAUUGUUUUUUUAAUCAUUGGGGAGAAUCUUAUUUUAAACGUUUUACACUUGUAUUUUAAUCUCAGAAGAAUAAGUGAUUAGAAAGUGAUCAAUUCUUGUUCUGUAGUAUUGAACAUAUAAUUAAAUCAUUGUUUGCCAUAAACAAGGUCGGGUUUUUUAAAAGGAAACUCUAGGGCUUGGCUUUGCUCUUGGUUAAUAAAGGCUGACAAAUCAUGUCUGA